AUGUGGCAAGAAGCGAUGAUGAUGAGGAGGAGACGCCGCUACCUGCUGGAGCGGGCAGAGCAGGCGGGCGGCGGCUGCGGGGCGAGCGGAGAGCAGUCCCGCUCCCGGGACUGGCUCUACGAGUCCUACUACUGCAUGAGCCAGCAGCACCCGCUCAUCGUCUUCCUGCUGCUCAUCGUGAUGGGCGCCUGCCUAGCUCUGCUCGCCGUCUUCUUCGCCUCGGGGCUGGAAGUUGAAGACCAUGUGGCAUUUUUAAUAACUGUUCCAACAGCCCUAGCAAUUUUUUUUGCUAUAUUUAUCCUCGUCUGCGUAGAGCCUGUGUUUAAGAAGCUGCUUCGUAUAUUUUCUCUGGUGGUCUGGGUAUGUCUUGUUGCCAUGGGAUAUCUCUUUAUGUGUUUUGGAGGAAUCAUCUGUCCCUGGGACCAGGUUUCGUUUUUCUUGUUCAUCAUUUUUGUGGUGUACACCAUGCUGCCCUUCAACAUGAGGGAUGCUAUAGUCGCCAGUGUCCUGACCUCUGCGUCUCACACGAUCGUGCUGAGCGUCUGCCUGUCAGGUACAGCUGUUGUGAAGGAGCACCUGGUGUGGCAGAUACUGGCAAAUGUAAUAAUUUUUAUCUGCGGGAACUUGGCAGGAGCUUACCACAAGCACCUCAUGGAGCUGGCGCUGCAGCAGACCUAUCAGGACACGUGCAACUGCAUCAAAUCCCGCAUCAAGCUAGAGUUUGAGAAGAGGCAACAGGAGCGUCUUCUACUUUCUUUACUGCCUGCUCACAUUGCCAUGGAAAUGAAAGCAGAGAUCAUUCAGAGGUUACAAGGUCCAAAGGCAGGCCAGCUGGAAAACAGCAACAACUUCCACAAUUUGUAUGUCAAAAGGCACACCAAUGUAAGCAUCCUGUACGCUGAUAUCGUGGGGUUCACUCGCCUGGCCAGCGACUGCUCGCCGGGGGAGCUGGUGCACAUGUUAAAUGAGCUGUUUGGCAAGUUUGAUCAGAUUGCAAAGGAAAAUGAAUGUAUGAGGAUUAAGAUCUUAGGUGACUGCUAUUACUGUGUUUCUGGACUACCUAUAUCUCUUCAAAAUCAUGCCAAGAAUUGUGUGAAAAUGGGACUGGACAUGUGUGAAGCCAUUAAGAAGGUGAGAGAUGCGACUGGCGUGGACAUUAACAUGCGCGUGGGCGUGCACUCCGGGAACGUGCUGUGCGGCGUUAUCGGGCUGCAGAAGUGGCAGUACGACGUGUGGUCCCAUGAUGUGACCCUGGCCAACCACAUGGAAGCUGGGGGAGUCCCGGGCCGCGUUCACAUCACCUCAGUCACCUUGGCACAUUUGAAUGGAGCUUACAAAGUGGAAGAUGGGGACGGAGAUGUGAGGGACCCAUAUCUAAAAGAGCAUAAUGUUAAGACUUACUUUGUAAUCAAUCCUAAGGGAGAGAAGAGAAGCCCCCAGCACCACAUUCGGCCUCGGCAUACUCUCGAUGGAGCCAAGAUGAGAGCUUCUGUCCGCAUGACCCGCUACCUGGAGUCCUGGGGAGCAGCCAAGCCAUUUGCACACUUGCACCACAGGGACAGCAUGACCACUGAAAACGGCAAGAUAAGCACAACAGAUGUCCCUAUGGGGCAAUAUCAUUUUCAGCGUUGCAGAGAGAGAACAAAAUCACAGAAAAGAAGAUUUGAGGAAGAACUGAAUGAGAGGAUGAUCCAAGCCAUUGACGGAAUCAAUGCCCAAAAGCAGUGGCUUAAAUCUGAAGACAUUCAAAGGAUAUCACUUCUUUUCUAUAAUAAGACUCUGGAAAAAGAAUAUCGAGCAACUACUCUGCCUGCAUUCAAGUAUUAUGUGACUUGUGCCUGUCUCAUAUUCUUCUGCAUUUUUGUUGUACAGAUUCUGGUAUUGCCAAAAACAUCUAUUCUUGGAAUUUCAUUUGGGGCUGCAUUUCUCUUGCUUUCCUUCAUUUUGUUUAUCUGUUUCGCUGGACAGCUUUUGCAAUGUAGCAAGAAAGCAUCAGCUUCGUUGUUGUGGAUCCUGAAAUCAUCUGGAAUAAUUGCAAACCGUCCAUGGCCAAGGAUCACUCUUACAUUGACAACCACUGCUAUAAUAUUAACCAUGGCUGUAUUCAACAUGUUUUUCUUGGAUAAUGCUGUGAUAGCUUUUCCCUCAGUUAUUAAUUCAUCAAAUGCAAGUUUUCCUAAUUCAAGUAAUCAGACACGGUGGUGUAUACAAAAUAACUGUUUUUUCCUACCGUAUUUUAUAUACAGCUGCAUAUUAGGGCUCAUUUCCUGUUCUGUUUUCCUGAGGAUAAAUUAUGAGUUGAAAAUGGUAAUAAUGUUGAUUGCAUUGGUGGGCUACAAUGUUAUCCUUCUGCACACUCAUGGGCCCAUGCUGGAUGACUACAGCAAAUUUAUGUAUGCAAUGGCACCUCUUAGAAGGCCAGGAAUACUGAAGGACCUGAAGACAAUGGGCUCAAUUUCCUUGUUCAUAUUCUUCAUCACGUUACUGGUUUUGGGUAGACAGAAUGAAUAUUACUGUAGGUUAGACUUCCUGUGGAAGAACAAGUUCAAAAAAGAGCGGGAGGAGAUUGAAACCAUGGAGAAUCUAAAUCGGGUGCUUCUGGAGAAUGUGCUUCCAGCCCACGUAGCUGAACACUUCUUGGCAAGAAACCUGAAGAAUGAGGAUCUGUAUCACCAGUCCUAUGACUGUGUCUGUGUUAUGUUUGCCUCUGUUCCGGAUUUCAAGGAAUUUUACACAGAAUCUGAUGUAAAUAAGGAAGGGUUGGAAUGUCUCAGGCUGCUAAAUGAGAUCAUUGCGGACUUCGAUGAUUUAUUAUCAAAGCCAAAAUUCAGUGGAGUUGAAAAAAUAAAGACUAUUGGAAGCACUUACAUGGCAGCUACAGGACUGAGUGCUACACCCAACCAAGAACAGUGUCAGGAACCUGAACGACAGUAUAUGCACAUAGGAACCAUGGUGGAGUUUGCAUUUGCCUUGGUGGCAAAACUGGAUGUCAUAAACAAGCAUUCAUUCAAUGACUUCAAGUUAAGAGUAGGAAUAAACCAUGGACCUGUAAUAGCUGGAGUAAUUGGAGCUCAAAAACCACAAUAUGAUAUAUGGGGCAAUACAGUAAAUGUGGCCAGCAGGAUGGACAGCACUGGUGUCUUAGAUAAAAUACAGGUUACAGAGGAGACAAACAAUGUCCUGCAAACACUGGGGUACAUGAGCACCUGCAGAGGAAUAAUAAAUGUAAAAGGAAAAGGAGAAUUGAAGACAUACUUUGUACAUACAGAAAUGACAAGAUCCCUUUCACAAGGGAAUGUGGCAUCUUGAAGAUACUUGUAUGUGUCAUCAAUACCAUAUUUUCAGGAAAGUAUCACGCACUUUUUAACUACAUUUUGGCCCUUAACAUGCGUGCUAUUUUCUGGUAUGUGGCACUUAUUUUAAUAUGGCUGCAGAAUAGUCCCAUGAGCCAUCAUUUUGCACCUUGAUAUUUCUAUGUUCAAGGACAGUUGUGAUGUACGCUAUAGGACUGGAAGAUUGUACUGCUACUUGCACUGCUAUUCAAAGACAAGAAAAGAAGGAAUAGGAAUCAAAAGGAGGUAACGUAUCCUGAAAGGACUGAAGAGAAGUGUUAGUGACAAAUGCGGGGAAAAAAGGCAAUAAAGCUAGGGGUGCAUACUAUUUUCUGAUGCAUGGUGUUUUCUGGAAAAUACAGUCGCUCCCCAAUAGCAUCCACUAAUCUGGUAUUAAAGUAUACAGUAUUGUAAAUAAGUUUACUCUGUCCACACAUGAUUUGGAUGUGAUCACCAGUUACAUCUCAUAGCCAGGGACACGUUGGGUGGCUUGCUGGCAUUCUUUCUGAAGAGAGAACUAACAAUGCUGGAAUAGUUUUGUACAAACGUGUCAAAUGUUUUGAAGCUAUUGUCUUUUGUAAGGUUAAUUCAUUAAAAGUUUAUAUGUACUUUGCCUUACUGUUGCUGUCUCUUAGUUUUGCCUCCUUCCUUGGCUUCUGUCACUCUAAAGCUGUGUGUUUUCUGCUGCUGCCACUGCUUUUUAUGCAGUAUUUAGAUGCUGAGGCAGGCUAUGGCCAGUUAUCUCAACAGGCUUGGUCAGUAAUAUCUGCUAGACUUGCUAUUGACUUUCAGAAACUAAAUCACCUCUACUGUCUUCAGUCAUGGGUGGCAUCCUAGGCACUUUGCAGUCACUUACUAUCUAGGUGAUACAGAACACUGACCUCAAAUCCAUAAAGACAAGCAAAGUGGGGUAUACUGAAAACAGUAGCAGUGCUGCUACUUAACAACUGGCCCACAGUGCUUUAACAGUAACAAGGAGAAACUGUACAAGAGAAGAAAAAGUUCUGUUUCGAACUUCGACAAAUUCUUUUGCCCUUGCGUGCCUCUCACUUAACCUUCACAACACUGGAUUUUGUGGGAUGUUUAAAGUAAUCAUCUCAUUUAUACUCACUAGGAUAUGAGUAUGAGUAAAAUGCUAUUUUGUGGAUAUUUGAGAUUAAUUUAAAUCCCUUUGAAUUAAAAAGUAUUACACUUGCAGAGUUUCAUAGAUGAGCCAGGUGAAAGUAAAAGUAGGUAACUUUACUAUCUAUGCUCCUUUGAAGCACAGAUAGUAACAAUUAAGUUUUGUGUUGUUGUAAUCAAUUCUUUUAGUCAUAGCAUCCUAACAAGAAAAUAAUACUAUUUACAAAAUAGCAUACAAUUACAAUAUUUUUUCUGAGUGAUACCAUAUGAAUAUGGAAGUCAACUUAUGCACUGUUACCUCUGACAUGUUAUUGAAAUGUAAAAGUAUUCAGACUGCUCAUUCAUGAAACAUACAUAUACAUUUGUAUACCAUUGGUAUCCUUUCUGAAGUUCUCAAAAUUGUGGGUCACAAAUACAUGGCAUCAGUCCAGUCUCACUGAACAUGGCACAGUUUACUCAUAGCAGCCAUCUGCCCACUAGUGAAUUGCAAUGACAGUAGAUUUCAAAGUGCCUAAUUUGCUGUAAAACAGACAAUCUGAAUUUCGAUCCCCUUAAAUAAGUCUGAAAGCAAAAUGCAAGUUAUUUCACUUAUGUUCAACAUAACACAAUUUUUCAUCCAGUCCUGGAGACUUUUAAACCAUAAUUUUCAAGA